UACUUCCUUUAUGUGCUUUUGGGCAUCACAAUUUGUGGUCCUUUCUUACUGCAGUCUGCAGAGGCGGAGCAAAAAUGUUAUGUUGGAGUACAUAAACUCUCAUCCCACUGUCUUUGGGAUAUUCAAACUUUAUUGAACAGGGAUACACAAUGGAGAUCUACUCAUCAACUGCAUGUGUAGUGACAAUCUUGUACAUUUUUGCUACAGCCUCUGCGCAAGGUAUUUGCCAUCAUGACAGAGGGAGCCACAGCAAUGCAGGUUUCAGUGGACAGAUGGAAGGCAGCCAUCAUCUGCACUGUUGUGGAAAUGUAUCUUACAAGAUCUCAGAAAGUUCCUGCUGUAAUGGAAAUGUAACUCUGGGAUUAAGCCAGCUGGUGGCUGACUGUUGUGAUUCUGUAGCUUACAAUCCCCUUAACGAGAUUUGCUGUGAUGGAAGGAUUCGGACUCGAAGCAGCACUCACAUGAAAUGCUGUGGCAAAGUCAUGUACCGGACAACGACUCAUUUGUGUUGUGGUGGCGGCAACAUAUUUCAAUGGAAGGAAAAUCAUUCUUGUUGUGGCAAAGAAACGUAUGACAUGACAACCCACUGCUGCUGUACUAACCUUACACUAGAAGUAAAGCCGAAAAAUGAAACUUGCUGUCCAAAAGCAAAAGACACUGAUGAAAGAACAGAAUGCCAGCAAGGCUCUCUUCCCACCCGAAAACUCUCCAAAAACUCAGAAUCGAAGUGUGGAUCAACACCCUACAAUCCCCAGAAACAAAUUUGUUGCUCAGUGAAUAUUCAUGAGAAGGCUUCAGCACUUACUAAGUGCUGUGGCAAAGAUGUUUACACUCUGUCAGAUGACAAUGUGCUGUGCUGUAAUGGAAUCCUUCAUCUCAAUGUGCCUGAGCAGUCAGAGUGUGUUGGAGGUGUUAUAUAUACUCCAUCAAACACUAUUUGCCAAAUGUCUGCUCGUCCCCGUCUUGGUAGGCACUGCUGUGGAAGACAAACCUUCAAUCCUCACACACAUAUUUGCUGUAACGGAUGCAGCCACAACAAGAUGAAUGGCAAUUUCUGUUGUGGUUCAGAAGUCUAUGAC